AUGUCACGAUUAAACGCUAAUGCAUUCGAAUUUGUUCCAGGACAAGGAUUUAGACCUCCUCAGCAAGGUCAGAGCCAACAACCAGGACAGGGUAACCCAUCUCAGCCACCCUCUGGCCCUCCACAGCACCAACAACAAAAUUAUCCUCAGAACUAUUCUCAAGCCAAUCCCCCUGCUACGAUCCCACCACAAGAGCGAAGUAAAGAGGCACCUCAGGUUGAAAAUACGGCGCCACCAGUAACAAUCUCACUCAAUAUUGGUGGUUCUAAGCCACCGGCUGCUGCUUCAAAGGAUCCAUUACCAGCUACUACAAAAUCCGAUGCCGCUACAACAUCUAGUCGCCCUGCCUCUGGCACUACGACGCCUACAAAAUCUGCGGCAAAGACCCAAGCUGCCGCUUCAAAACCAACGGCGUCACAGUCGGCUGAGAAAUCUUCGGAGAAAAAGGAGGCGCCCUCCCGGAAAGAUAAGGGAGCAGUCUUCACUAUGGAAAGAGCAAAGAAUGAUGCAGAUGCCAUCGUCAAGGAGCAAGCGGCUGUAGCUGAUGACCAGACCCUCAAGGAGCUAUACGGCAAUGAGGAGGAGGAUGUUGUGGACCCUAAUGAUGCCGGUAAGAGUACACUGGGCGGUCAGAUCCUAGUGCUAUGUGGAAUGGUCGACAAGAGGACAUUGGAGAAAUAUGAACGAGAUGCGAAAGAAAUUGGUCGAGAAAGUUGGUACCUGUCAUGGGCCCUAGACUCUACUCCACAGGAACGUGAUAAGGGCAAGACCGUGGAAGUGGGUCGAGCAUAUUUCGAGACAGACAAGAGACGAUAUACAAUCCUCGACGCUCCAGGUCACAAGACGUUCGUACCAAGUAUGAUCAGUGGCGCUGCACAAGCAGAUAUAUCAGUUCUCGUUAUUUCAGCACGGAAGGGAGAAUUCGAAACUGGGUUCGAGAAAGGCGGGCAGACUCGAGAACAUAUCACUCUGGUUCGCACAGCAGGUGUCAACAAAAUUGUGGUGGUCGUCAACAAGAUGGACGACCCUACUGUGGAAUGGGACAAGGCUCGAUUCGAUGAAAUCAGGGAUAAAUUGAACCCCUUUGCAAGAGCAACAGGCUAUAAUCCCAAAACAGAUCUCGUGUAUAUUCCUGUCUCUGCCUAUACUGCCGUCAAUGUCAAGGAAAGGGCUGACAAACAGACCGUUCCUUGGUAUGAUGGCCCUUCUCUACUGGAGUACCUGGACAACCUGAACCCGCCAAACCGGAAACUGAAAGGACCCGUUAUUAUUCCCGUCUCCGAGAAAUAUAAGGAUAUGGGCACCAUAAUUGUUGGUAAAGUAGAAUCGGGUCGG